AUGAUGGCGUACGCAGAUAGAAAAGAAUGGGAGGAUGUGGUGCCCAUAGAACAAGACGAUGGGCCUAACCCCCCCUGUGCGAUAUCCUACAGCAAGGCAUACGUUGAUGCAAUGAACUAUUUCAGAGCGGUCAUGCAUACAUGCGAGAAGUCUCAACGGGCAUUCGAUCUGACUACCGGUGGGUGCCAGUGCUUUGGUUUAGCCUUUCACAUGAAACGAAUGAAAAGGAUAUUUGCAAUAGACGUCGUAUCG